AUGCCAAGAAGCAGCAACAACAGAUAUAUCUUCAAACAGAAAAGUGCAGCAACGCGAAAUAAAAUAUCCGAAAUACCUAUCGAUGAUGGAAUAAUCCAAAUAAUAAAUAAAUAUAAUAGACAGUUAUUAUUAAGGAAUCAAACCAAUGGCUUUCCGCAAAACAAAAAAGUUUUGAACAACUUAAAACGAAAUCUGCGAAAAAGGAAGAAACAUGUGAAAAAUUUGAAUAACGAGAUUGUGUAUCAGAAUAAUUACGUGGACGAUGAUGAUAUCAAUAGGGAUACCUCAUUGAAUGCUGCAAGAUUUCCGACCUGGCGAAUCCUGAAAUCAACACUUGCCGUAAUUAAUUUGGAUUCUACGACAAAUCCGUCAAUCAUGGAAACAGAGAUAAUUAAUCGACCGUUGCUCGACGCAUUUGAGAGGCCGCCAUCGCAGUUAGAUAAUUUAGAUCGCUCUGUGGAUAAAGCAAUAUUUCCUGCUGCCAGACAAUAUCCAAAUUCACAGAGAUUACUUGAUUUGAAUGCUUCCAAUAAAAAUCUAAUUCUUUCUAGAAUCGCAAGUCCGAAAUCAGAAAUUACGGUCAACGUACAAAGUCCUGCUAUUAAAGGAUUAAAUAACAAAAUGCUACUUCCUGCCUCUAACAAAAGAUAUUUGCUAGUACCGGUUUCUAAGAAUCUGUACGUUUUGAAGAACGUCCGAGAGAGUUCUCGAACAGGCGUAGAUGGAAUAAUUAUACCUAAGCGAUAUAAAUUGUUAGAAAAAGAUAACGACAACGCAACAUCAGCAAUCCUCUCGUUCAAGGCACAUAUGCAUCACGGUGUAAAAGAUGUAGGUAGAGCGUAUCUUCAAAGAGGCAAUCUCCAUUUAUUUGAUCACAGUAUGAAUUAUUUAUAUUCUACUCUUGAGCCUCGUGUUUCCGAAGAAAAUCCAGUGUCGCCAUCCUAUCCUGACUUCUUGUACCCGGAUAUUGCUUUUCAGACUGAUCCCAAUUUAAUCGACGUUACUUUUAAAAUUUCCGAAGAACAAGUUGUCUUCCCCGUUCCGGAUUACAAAAAUAUUUCCUUGAUGGAUGUUAACUUGCGUGGCAGAAUAAAUUUUUACGAUUCGUCGACACUUUCAUCGCCUUUUCACGGUAAACCGAGUACCUUAUCUGCGGCAAAAUUAAAUGAGGUAAGUCCGAUUCGACAAAAUAGCGGAAAUUACAGAAACUCUUUGGAAUACAGUGAGUUUGGUGUCGAAUUGACGACUACCGAUUUCCGAGAUACUUUUGACACGCACGAUGAAUAUAUAUAUACGCCAGCUACUUUAGAAGAUGAAAUAGAUUUAAUUAACGAUAAAGAAGUAUUUGAUAUGCCACAAAGUCGAGAAGACGAUCCGAAAGUUUUAACGGAAAGCAACGAAGAUGAAUCUAUAACAGACUUUAUAGAUGACAUUUCAAUGCAAUAUAGAGCUGCCUUUGACACAUCUGCAAAUGAAGAUAAUACUUUCUUUCCGAAUAUCACUAACAGCUUCGUUAAUAAUGCCAUUUUAAAUAGUCAAAAUGUAGAUAAAUAUAAUCAGGAAUACGGAAUCUCGAUUUCAAGCGAAUAUAACAAUAAAGUGUCAACACAUUCCAACGAUUUUUAUUAUAAUAAUAGAUCAAUCGAUGAAGUGUUGUGUACUAAUUAUACUACUGAAGUGGAUUCGUUUCUUAAUGAAGAAGACUACGUGACAUCUGCGCCGUUACUUCUAAAUACUAAUGAAUGGCUAUUGAAGAAAGCGCAGUCUAACGUAGAAAAUUCGAAUGCUCUAUUAAUGGCAAUUAAACCAUUGUCCUCAGAGUUACAAAAAUUGCUAAACGCAAUUCAGUUAGUCAAUCAAAGUAUCAGCGACGUGCAAAGUAGAUUGUGCGAUAAAAAAGAAGUCGUCGGAUCAGCGAGGACCGAGCGAGAGAGUAAAAAUAGAAACGCCACGAAUAUUACGAAGCUAAUUGAUAAAGUAGAUUAUUACGAUUCUGAUUUCUCUACAAAAAGUUUUAAUAAUCAGUCUUUGGACAAGAGACGUAUUGAAAUCGAAGGUAAAAAUAUUGCAGAACGUGAUGUAAAAAUUAGAAGAAAAGCUAUCUUUUUAAAUAAAUUGAUGACACCGUUUUAUAAGCGCAAAAGCUCGAUUAGUGAUUCAGAGGUACAGAGCGGUCAUAGAAACUUCCUUAAAAAGAAAAAAUUGAAUGAGAAAGAGUUUUCCAAAUCAGGCGACAGAUUGCUCCAUUCGAGGUUUAAUAGAAAUUUAAAGUCACUGACGAAAAAUUAUGAAACACGAAUGAAACCAAUUCGACAGUUUAUCGGAUCGAAAAAAAUGAAACGUACAACAAUGCCAAUUUUAAGAUUGUCGCAUUUGAUUAAAAGUGACAUAUCGAGCGAAAAUUUUGCAGGCGGCAGGCGAAAUCAUCAAGAGAAUGAUCAAAGUAGAUUGAUAAUUUUGCCGGAUAAUACACCCUCUUUGAAUAUGUCUGGUUCUGGUAAAGAAAAAAAAUUUCAUCCUACUGAUCCGCAAUUUUAUAAGGAAGCGACGGCUUAUCUCGAUAUACUUGAAUUAUUAGGAAAAACUGAAAACGUAGAAUACGCGACUGAUGUAUGGACCACGCAGAAACUAAUGGAGUCCUUGCCACUGCUAAUUUUCACAACUACAGAAUUUUUUGUACCUACGUCAACAUUUUUGCCGUACUUUACCGAGGCACCGACAAUUACAGCUUUCAGUACAAUCGCAGAAAAGAAAGAAAUUUUCGAAAUAACCGAAUCAUCUUUAUAUGAAUAUGUAACAAUUGUAUCAUCGACACGAUCGCCGGUUACGUUAAGUGCUUCUACAAUAACAAUGUCGACUACGUUGUCACUACUUUAUAUGACAGAAUUAACAAUUCUUUCGAUGGAGGAAGCUGCAAUAUCAAUCACUGAUUUAACUAUAACAGUUGUUGCGAUUGAAGUAACUGAGAGUCCUAUCACAAUUCCAAUGGUAGAAAAUUUUACAACCGAAUCUGUCAUGCUAUUAACUCCAUUUUUAGAAGGUAUGACGGAUAUUACUUUAAAGAUUACAAUUCCUGUAGCUACUAUGGGUUCAAUCGAAGAGAUACCUGCGUUAAUUGCUGUAACCGUGGCUACAGAGGGAGAAAUUGUGGAAAAUACAUCAACAAGUCUAACGAUGGAAAUAACACGAAGUUCAUUUAUUGAAACAAAUAUAUCUUUAUAUACAUUCCCAUCAGUAUCAUUAUUUGGGACUACACAAACAGAAUUGAUGAUUAAAACUACAACUUCUGCCGUAUCAGUUUUAACAUCUCCAGCAAUUACAAAAGCUUCUCAAAUUGCAACAUCAGAAUUUAUCGUUAGCGAGAAUAUAACUUUGCAUAAAGCUGAGAGUACUACUGCAAUCGCAAGUUCGCUUAUGGUUUUAGAACAAACGGAAAUGAUUUUAAGUACGUCGACAGAAAUUACGAUAACAACUUUAAUACCGGAGGAUGAGAGUCCAGUGUCACAGAUUGAGAAAACUAUAACCGCGGAGGAAACAGCUACAGAAAUUCCAACAACCACCGAAACUCCAACGCCUGAAACUACAAUAACUACUACCGAAACUUUAACAACAGCUACGGAGAUUCCAAUGACUAUAGAAGCUACAACAAUUACAACUUCAAUUCCUACGGAAAUUUUGACAGUUCUUAAAACUCCAAUUACUGAAGAAACUACAAGUACUAAAACUUCAACGCUCAGUACAACUCUAACGUCACUUAAAAUUAAAACAACCGAAAUUCCGACGACUAGCGAAACUUCGACAAUUACUGAGAUUUUAUUUAUAAAAACUACAAUUACUGAAAUUCUACCGAUUAAUAAAACUGUGACAACUGCGGAAACACCAACAACUAUUGAAACUUCGAUAGCCAGCAAAAUAUUAAUGAUUAGUACAAUUCCAACGACUAUAGCUACAACAAUAACAAUAACAACAACAACAACAACAACGGAAACAUCUACUGAAAUUUUGACAACUCACAAAACUCCAAUUAUUAAAGAAACUACAAGUACCAAAAUUAUAAUGCCUACUGAAACUCCAACGCCUAUUGAAACUAAGACAACUACCGAAACUUCGACAAUUAUCGAGAUUUCAACAUCUACAAAAAUUACAAAAAUUACCGAAUUUCUAGCGACUAAUAAAAGUGUAAUAACUGCGGGAACUCCAACUUCUAUCGAAACCCUAACAGUUAGCGAGAUUCCAACGACCAGUACAAUUCCAACGACUAUAGCUACACCAACUGCGAAAACUUUAACAUUUACUAAAAUUUUAACAACUUACAAAACUCCAAUUAUUAAAGAAAUAACGGGUGCCAAGACCUUAAGACCUACUGAAACUUUAACGCCUAUUGAAAUUAAGACAACUACCGAAACUUCGACAAUUAUCGAGAUUUCAACAACUAUAGAAACUACAACAAUAACCAAACUUCUAACGAUUACUGAAACUCUGACAACUACAGAAACAGCAUUUACCGAAACUCCAAUAAUUAGAAAAAUAUCAACGACUAGUACAAUUCCAACAAUUGCAGAAACUACAGCCAUUACUGAAACUUUGACACCUAGUAAAAUUAUAGCAAUUACUAAAAUUCCAACGAUUAAAAAAAUUGUAAGUACUAAAAGUUUAACGCCAACAAUUACGGAAACUCCAUCAAGUACCGAAACUCAAAUAAUUACUGAAAUUUUAACGAUUACCGAAAGUUUAGGAUCCACAGAAAUUCCAGUAAUUUCGACUACGUCUAUUACAACUGUGUUUUUUGCAACGUCAGAAAAUAUUACAUCAUCCGUGACAACGUCCCCGAAAGAAUUUUUUCAAACAUCAACUCUGACUAUUUUGACUACAAUUUUUACUACGGAAACAGCUGAGAGCAUUUUAAUUUCUACGACAACACCUGGUAUAACGCCAUUACAAACAUUGAUUAUAAAUACGACGCUAAGUGAAACGCCGUGUACUACGAUUUCUAGCAUGCCUUUGACUACGACAAAAGGAGCUGUUACAACUUCUUUCAAAACUGCAGUUACAACUACGUCAUUAAAAGUAACAACGACAACGCCACUAUCACUGGUUACAAGCACAAUGUCAAGUGAAAUGCCGAAUACGACGCUUUCUACAUUUUUAACAGAAGAGACUACAGCUUCUUUAAUACCUACGACAGCAUCUUCAUUUGAGACAUUACACACUAAAGCUGUAUUGCCAAUUUCUACAACGAUAUCCACAAUCGAAACGUUAAUGACUAUAUCAUCCAUCUUGACUGUGAACGCGACAGUCUUCAGUACAACUGCUAGCACAAUCACGGCAGAGAUCCUCAAAAGUACAUCUUCGCUUACAUAUUUUACGGUAACAACGCCUUCUAUCACUCAAAUUCCAAUCAAGCCUAUUGUGUUGGAUACUGGAACAACAGCUUAUGAGACUACCUCUACCUUAGUUACUUCAUCUCUUUUAAUAGAGACCGUUGAAGGUACGACGUCUUCUGUAAUAGAAUAUGAAGAAACUAAAGAGUCUGGAGCAUAUUAUUAUGAAACCACGAAAGAAGAAAUAGCGACAGUUACAAGUACUGCUAAAUUAACGACAGAACGUACGACAACUUGGAUUACUACAAAAGAAGUUACUAUCAUCGAAGAAACAACACCAAUGACGUUUUAUAUUACAUCAUUUUCUGUCGAAACGACUUCAGAAGCAACUUCCUUCAUAAUCGAAACGAUUACUUUGCCCACGAUAAUUGAAGAAACUUUAUCGAUUGAAAAAAUCGUCACUGUUACUCCUGGAACAAUGAUCGAGGGAAUGUCGUCACUAUCGGAAGUUAUAUUAAUUUCCACUGAAACAAGUACAAUGCCAGCAAUAGGAACAAGUACGAGUACCAGUUCGGUACUUACAACAGCCGCGACGACUGUUUCACUUUUGGAAGAAACUGCCACAGAAAUUACAGAAACAAGUCUGAUAACUAUUACUACAACUGCUACGUUGUUGCCAACUACUGAAAGACCGAAAUAUGCAACAAUUUUAGAAGCUGCAGUUACUGUGACGCUUGCUCCAUUUUCCGAAUUUAUUCUGUCAAUAAUAAUUACAUCGGAAACGCCUGUUAUUUCUACAUUGCCAAAAACUGUAUCAGAAGAGUUUACGAUAUCAACGACUGAAAGUCCAUCAAUAACAUACGUUACACAAAGUUCUAUAUUAGUUAUCGAAACAACCAUUUAUCCCACUGUUUCAAUUUCGCCAAAAUCUACUGAAGAAUCGCUAGAAGCUGAGACGGAAUAUUAUGUAGCAAAAGAGCCAUUUUAUGAAGAAGAAUAUGAAGAAUAUAAAGGAUAUGAUACUAAAAUACCGAUUGACAGGUGGUAUUAUUAUGACGAAUACGAAACCACGACAAAAGGAACAACUAUGGCAGAAAAGUACACGAAAUUACUUAAAGAAAAGGCAAUGAGCCCGCCUUUUAUUGAAGGCACAACGACAUCUUUAUAUAAAAUAAAAACUUCAGAGUUUACAAAAUACCCAACACCUUCUGAAGCUGCAUCGAUUUACGUUAAUGUGACUUCAACCGUGGCUACUUCAGGAAUAUCUUAUACACAUAUCGAAAAAGUUACUUCAAUUUCUACCUUAGAAACGUCCACAUCGACUAUAGUUGAGAAUGUAACAACGGUUAAAGUGGAAACCGAGUUCACAGCGUCCGCUGCAAGCAAAGAGAUAGAAUCGACAACGAUGUGGUUAACUUUUGGUUCUACUGAAGAAUACACUCUUCCCUCUUCAACAACUUUCAAAAUUCCGACGGAGCCACUUGAAUAUCUAACGAUUCCUCCCAAGUAUACGGAUGUAGAACGGUUCACGCGAAUCUGGCUCGUCACCUCACCAAAAUUUACUACAAAGCCUAAAGAAAUUCCAAAGAUUGCAUUGAAAAAGACUACAACUCCAGAACAAGUUUCAGAGACUGAGACUGCCGUGGAAAAGUUAACUUCUUUUUUCAUCUCAUCAACGCUAACGACGUUACCGGAAAGAGAAAUUAUUGAAGUGCACCUAACAACCAUGAGUACUGCAUCUUCUGAAAUGGAAGGUAUUAUCAAAACCGCUUAUGAAGUUACCACUUCAGCGAUGACGGAAGAAGAGACUAUUCCGAGUGUAACACCAUUUAUCACGUCCGAAGCUGAAAUUGAAUUUGUAUUUACUACGAUGAGCACAACUGUCGAACAAGAACAGAAAGAACGGUUACUACAACGACUCGAUAAUCUCAAACAGCACGAGAGAGAGAUGGCGGAGAGAGAAGAAAGGCUGAAGGAAAGAGAAAAACAGUGGGACAUAGAAAAGGAAAAACGCAGGAAAAUGAUGCAACGUGAAAAAGAGAGAGAGAAGAAUAUUACAGCAACAACGGGUAUAACCGAGAGCUAUGAAACAACUACUAUCAGUACCUCGAUUACAUCUCCUAUCUAUACUAUUGGUACAAGAAAUUUAACUGUGUUGACUACAGAAAUUGAAAUUACAUCCCCUGGUUUCGAGAUAUCUAUCACUACGUUAAGUUUAGUCGAAAUUACUACGGUUCCAAUUAAAACAACUCUAUUUAGUACCACAGAAAAAAUUACAUCCGAGACAUAUACUACAGAAAAAAUGGAAGAAGAAACUAUAGCAGGAAGUACAUCUGUAACAUAUGCUACAGAAGAAACAAUUAUACCUUAUACUAUAGAGAAAAGCACAUCUAUCACACACAUUACAAAAGAGACAGAGGAAAUACAAAUUACAGAUUAUAUAACUUUGACACCGUAUGUUACUACAUCUGUCAUGGAUUUGUAUAAUAUCGGUUUAGCUUCAAUUGAAACUACAACUUCGUACACUAUCAAAGAAACGUAUACUGUAAGUUAUGUAUUCGAAACUCCAUUCAGUAUAACAGAGGAAAUCAUACCUGUGACAUAUACCAUGGAGAAGACAGAGGAAGCGAUAGAAGAGACUACAUUUACGCCAUACGUUACGGAAGAAACAGAGGAAAUAAUUACGUCUUACACUGCGGAGAAAAGUACAUCUAUUACAUAUACGGAAGAGAUAGAGGAGAUGCUAAUUACGGAUUACGUAACCUUCACGCCAUAUAUCACUACACCUGUUGUGGAUUUAUAUAGUAUCGGCUUAGCUACAAUUGAAACUACGACUCCUUAUACUGUUAGAGAAAUAUAUACUACGAGUUACGUGACUCUUUAUAGCGAAUCUCUAUUCGUUUCACCUACUAUUACUAGUCCAAUUACAUUAAUCACCGGUAAGUUCAUUACUUUACCUAUUACUACGUUUAGUGAAAGAUUUGAAGAAAUCAGUGUAACUUCAGUUACAACCCCUACGUGGUACACUACAGAAGAAACAUACAUAGUAACUUAUACAGAUAUUUAUGGUAAACCUUUAUUCUCUUCAACGGAAUUAGAGUUUACGAUCACUUUAUCGACUAUGGCUAUUAGUACGACUACAGAGGUAAAGUACGAUGAGGAAAUAGAAAAAUUGAAAGAAGAAUUGCGCAAGAAAGAGCGCGAAUUAGAAGAGAGAGAAAAGAUUUUGCUGGAAAGAGAGAAAAGAUUAGAGAGAGAUAUAAUGGAAUUUAAUAAAUACAUGAAAGAAUUUGAAAAGAAAAUAACUUCAAUCAUACCGUCCGAGAAAUCGACUAUGCUCACGAGUUUAUCAACGCCAGUGCCACCAACUGAAAGAACCACUAUAAAAGCUCAAUUAACAACGCAGAUUGAAAGAAUAACCGAAAAGAAAGAAAAUCGAACUACAAAGAUGGGAAUUACUCGACAUACAGAAAUGAAAGAUAUUGAAGAGAAGAAACAAACGUAUAUUCCUGAAAAAACUGUCACGCAGGAAGAAGAAGAAAUAAUGACAAAACGAGUUUGUUUGAACGUUUUAGAAAAUACAACGAUUCCUUUCGAUAAAAGAAGAAGAGAUAUUGUAACCAGAAAGAUCUGUCUGCCGUACUUUCCCGAAAAAAAUGAAGAGAAGAAAUCAGUCGGUCGAUUAAGCAGAAGGCUUCUCGCUUUACCAAGUACGAAGAAAAUAAAAAGACCGAGAUGGAAUGUUCCAUCAAAUUUUCGGUAUCGCAGAAGAGAGAAAGAGAUUACUCGUAAGAUUGAAAAUCUGCAGCUGUCGCAUUAUGAAUGGCUGAGCAACAACACCACUAAGCCACUGCAAUACUUUAAAGGUUUCACUAGGAUUUAUAAAAAAAUGAGGAAAUUUCCAAAAAAGAUUACAAUGCAAAGAAACACGACCAACGAUUUUCAAAAUAGUACUUCUCUAUAUGACCAACAUGUUUUUGAUUAUCAUGAAAGUAUCUUCCAACCAACUACGACGUUCAUGUUAGAUAGUAAGAAAUAUGGAAAGAGAAACGCAUUCUUCAGAUACGAUUUGAUUUCUACAAGGAAAAGUGACUGUUCCAUUGAUGACAAAGCAAGUGUUCAAAAGAGAGACGUUUCAUCGAUAGAGAACAAUGAACGGUUUUGGUCAAAGAAAAAUACGGCCAAUAUUUCAAAUCAAAAAGCAACAACUGCAGCCGAAGAAGAUGAAGUUUAUACGGUAAACGUACUACAUCUCAAUUACAAUGAGGAUAAACAAACGCAUGAAGUAAUAUCUGCUAAACCAGAUGAAGACGAACUAACAGCAAUUUUAUUUGAAUCAAAUGAUGAUAUUUAUGUAACUGAAUUUGGAAAAGAUAGGAAAAUCACGACGCCAAACUAUAAAAUUGAAGAGAAAGAUGAAGAUAAUGAAAUAUCAGACAAAAUGGAGAAAAAAAUAGAAGAGUACAACGAUUAUAUCGAGGAUUUAAUAGAAGAUUAUAUGAAUUAUGAAGAACAUGAAACAUCAACACAAACACAUGAUGGGAGAUUAUUAGAUAACAGAAACAAGGAUAAAAGAAUGACAGAAAAUGAAAAAGAAUUAUUGAAUCAAACAUGGCCUAUUGAGAAAAGUACAAUGUAUCAUUUAGGCGGCACUAGAUUUUGGAAGCUCGAUUUUGUUACGGAACUACCAAUAUUACGUACGACAACUGACAAAAGUAAAACCAUUGAUGAAUCAAUCACCAAAACGACCUGUUUUGAUGUUGUUCUUAAAAGAAAUGACAAGAUAAAAUCUAAUAUAUCUUAUUACAAACGCCAUCUUAAUAACAAUAGGAUGAUAAAACAUGUUUCUAUUGAAAAACGAGAUGCCAGUCUUGAAAAUGUAACGAGAAUGAAUGCAUUACGUUAUAAGUUAAGAACGAAGCAACCCAGAGUGGUAGCAAAGAAAUUAAAACGCGAAUCGCAAAAGCACGAACCAAAACAUUACAAACAGGGAAAUUUCGAGAAAAAAAGAACAGUAAAAUUUAAUGAUUUCCGGUGUACCAGCGAUUCGGCAGCGAAAAACCGUAAGCUGUGCAUUGCUAAUGCGAACAAAUUGAAGCAUCAAAUUGUUAAGCACGAAGAUACAAACAAACACAAAAAAAAGCAACUAGUAAAACCGCGAACAUCGCAAAAUUUACACUCCCUUCAUAAUACAGAUAAUGGUGUCAUAAAUAAAAAAAAUGCAUAUCAUAAAACGACGACUGCCAAUCAAUAUCUUCAAGUCAGAAUAAGCUUCUCAUUAGACGAAAUUAAGGCACUUAAUUGCAGCGAAUAUAAAGAGAUCCAGGAUAAAAUAGUGAUCUCAAUGGAUUCCGACAUGGAGGAAGCCAGAGAAUUUCCCCAACCGCAUUACAACACCGAAUCACUCAAGGGACAGAAAUAUAUCAAACUGGAAGAACUGGAGGAUAAUUUGAAAAGCAACUCGGAACUUGACAGCGAUAACGAUGUUAUCUCAUUACCCGGUCUUAAUCUCAAUUUACCCUGUAAUCAAGACGGCAAUGGUAUCACGUGGCUAUCAAGUCUUAGCAGACCGAGUUACACGUGGAAAAGAAUGGACAGCAUUGCGCUCUUCGGUUUCGUGGCGGAAAACGGCGAUUUGGAAUUGCGAAACGUGAACGCGAAAGACACGGGAAAUUACACCUGUGUCAUGACGUACAUGAGCCCCGAUAACGAGGAAUCCGUGGAAACCACUUACGAGGUCCAUUUGCAAGUUGUCACGCUGCCGAGGUACAUUGUGCACGGAGAAAAUCGUUAUCAUGUACGAUCUUGCGACGAAGGGGACUUGGAUGUGCUGGUAACAUAUCUACCCCUAAAAUUGAACAAUAUUAUAUGCGAGGCAGAUGUCUGCAAUGCUUAUGUCUUAACGCCGUCCUGCACCCGAAGUCAAAUUACAGUGAAUAUUCUGUUAGUGCCAUCGCAUAUCGUUAAACUAAUGACGGUCGAUCCCAAACACUGCAAUGUCUUCUGUCUUAAAGCCAUUCAAGAUAAACUCUCGCUGAUACUGAGUAAAAAUCUGCAAAUCUUCCUCGGGAAGACUAUUAUUUUCAGAUUGCCGCAUUACGAGCAGAGACUGGUGCCGAUCGUUGAAAAAUCGUCGUUCGCAAGACGAAAAAGAGGGAAAACCGAUGCAAACGUAUCCGUUGGAAGAUCCAGUAAUAUCGGUUUAUUCUCCAGCUGCCCAGCGGGAUAUGGUCUUCGUGAUACACAUUGUGUUCCUUGUAACGUGGGCACUUAUAGCGAGGACGGAAUAUCGCACUGUAAAAGAUGCCCACCCGGUACGUAUCAACCGAAUCACGGCGCCAGAGUUUGUCGUACGUGCACUAAUCCAAUGACAAAAGGUUGUUACAAUAUGCUCUGGAAUUCUUUCUCCGCUGUAAUGGUAACUCUGGCGAGUAUUGGCGCGAUGCUAUCGAUAUGUUUGCUGUCACUAUGGAUAAUUUGCUGCGCUAAGAAGAAAUUCUGUGUAAAACGAAUGGCUGGUUUUAUUGUCAGAGAAAAUACGUUUGAAGGAGAGAAACAUGUGGAGGAGCAACCAUUGAUUAAGGAUGCAAGUGAAAACGAAGAUCAACAAUGGGACAGCGAGUACAGAAUCAAGAAAAAGAAAGGAAAGUUUUAUCUACACGAAGAUGAAUGGGGAUCGCAUCGUAUAAAGAAUGUCCCAAUAAUUAGCCCAGAUUCUUAUCGAUCUCAUGAAGAUUAUAACAAUCAUUAUCCAAAGCGGUCAUGUCGUAAAGGACCGCGCCUGCCAGAAUGUGAUUUUGAUACAUGACAAAAGACAUACCAGUAAGAAAACUUACU